AAUAUCUGUUUUUUAUUUGUAUAUCUUAAUUUUUUUUAUUGUAGUUAUAUAAAUAAUUUACCGUAAAAAGCAGAGUAUUUGAACUAAGAUAGUUACGUUAGAUUUACAUGCUAUUUUACGUAAUUAUUUUGUGAUAUUUAAAUGAUUAUAUUACUAUAUAUAUUGAUAAUACAGUAUAUAUUGAUCAUAUAAAUUCACGAUGCAAUAAAUAUAAAUAGAUUUGUAGUUAUCACUAUGUAUAUAUAAAUAAAUAAUACACAAUUGUGUAUAUUAUUAUAAAGGUUUCUUAUCAACUUCAGUUUCAAAUAAUAUUGUACUCUCCGCAUAAAAAUGCGUGUUCAAAAUGUACAUAUGUACAUAAUUGUGUUGGUUUAAUUUUUUAUAUUUAUUUAAAUUUUCUUUUUUUGGCGCUCGGUUCUUUGAAUAUCUUAUGCGUUCUGUUGCCAUGGUUACAAAAUCACAGUUUGCUCUCGUUCACCUGCUUUAGUUAGUAGCAGUAAUAUUAGUUAUGCGUUUAUUUUGAAUUCAAGCAGUGACAAUGAGCAACGGAGGCAAGAGAUACUUUAAUAAGAAGAGCAAGAGUGGAAACUGGUUUAUUCACACCGGUGUGUCACAGACUGGACAAAUCAGCACAGGUUCAACGCUGGCACACGGAGCUCCUCAAGCCCUGACACAAGCGGAGGAGAGAUAUCCCAAAAUAUUCAUAAAUACUGAAAAGAAAACAACGGGCAGGGAAUAUCCACUGUCGGUGCACGAUAACCGCACAGCACUGCAGCACUCUAUUGAUGCGUAUGAUCAGGGCUUCGGCCGUAAGAAAUGUCUCGAUGAGCGUCGCCAGCAUAACUCUCAUUUCUACCUGUGCCAUUACGGUGACGCCUUGAGCCCGCUUAGCGCAGCAAAGUGGGACCGUUCGGCUCAUCGAACCGACUUCCUGCCUAAACAGGAAACGGAGGGCGGAGAAGACACACUCAGAAGACGCUUCCCCAGAGAUCACUCAGCAAGGUCUAAAAUAAGCGCUGUGGCUCAGGCCGGGGAGUGUUUCAUGUGGUUUGGGAGGGACGACUCUAACCAGAACACUCCACUAAGUGUACUAGCAGACACAAACCUCUAAUUAACCCCCUAAAUAACACAAUCAGAGAUUUGAUCAGGCCGUCAUUUAUACUUUACCCAGCAGAGGUCAGUGUGCUUUUUGGCUGCCUAUGUGGCUCGGUUGACAUGAUCCACUAUAGCUUUGCGGGAUCACAAAUUCAAUCUGUAAAGGGUAGCAAUAUUAAAUGUGAUAUACUGUAUAAUAAGAAAAAUGUAACAUUUUCUGCUCCGUCUCGUGAAAAGGACGGGUGUAUUAAUUAUUGCAUUUCUUUGUAUUUAUCAACUUUGUCAGCCCGUAUGUACCAAAUGAUCUCAGAAAUAAAUGCAGAAAUAACUGUGACAAUAAUUUGAUGAGAAAUGGUGUUGACUUUUUUUCAUAUCUGGAAUCUUUGAAAUAACAAAGAGUUAGUAUAUAGUAGUAUAUUUUUUAGU